AUGCAAUCGAGCGAGCCGACCACACAGUGCAAGCAACGGAAGGCGAAUCGGAUCUGGGGAGAAACACAAGAAGCAAUGGUACUGGAGCAGAACGCUAGCUAUGAUGACAGAACCAAGUUAGUGAUGUACAAGAAUCAUUUUCAAAAAUAG